CGGCAGGCAUUGAGCAGGAGUCAGAGGGAGGACCUCCCUGGGCUUUGUUGGGCAGGUGAUAUUGCCCGGCUCGCUGCUGCUCUCUUGUUAUUGAGCUGUGCACAUGCAAGAGACGAAGUUGUCUACGUUGUUGUGCUACAACUCAAGUGCCAGUGAAGCUCUAGUUUAAGGCUUUUUUUGAGUGACAUUUGUGUUUGUGGGGGGGCUUCUUCUCUGAAUCGUAUCCAACUACAUCGUGUGUAGAGUGCUGGGCCAGCGUGCUUUGUCACAAUGGCGGAGGCCCAUCAGGCUGUGGCGUUCCAGUUUACGGUGACCCCUGAGGGUAUCGACCUACGUCUGAGCCAUGAGGCUCUCAAUCAGGUCUUCAAGUCUGGCAUGCGCUCCUGGAAAAAACGUGCUCUUCGCCUCAAGAACAACAUUGUGUCAGGAAUGUAUCCAGCAACCCCAUCCAGCUGGCUGUUCGUGGUGGUGGCAAUCAUGGCCACCAAGUACGCACGGAUGGAGCCUUCCCUGGGCAUGAUUGACACCAUCCAGCAGAGCCUUCCCACCACCGAAUAUCUGUCUCGGGACAGCAAGGAUGUGCUCAGUGGGCUGCUGCUGGCUACUGGGCUGUGGAUGGGGCUUAUUCUAGCUCUCAGACAGUUCCUCAAGCUGCUGCUCUCCUACCACAGCUGGAUGCUGCAGAGACACAAAAAAAUUUCUCUUUUCACUAAAAUCUGGAUGGGAUUGGUUCAACUGUUCUGCUCCCGAAAGGCCAUGCUGUACAGCCACCAGGCAUCACUCCCACGGCUCUUCGUUCCCACCAUCCCUGACACCAUGCGCCGUUACCUCGAGUCUGUGCGUCCGCUGAUGGACGAUGAGAAGUUUGAGCGAACGCAGGCACUGGCGACAGAUUUUCAGAACACCCUGGCGCCCAAACUGCAGUGGUACCUCAAGCUGAAGUCCUGGUGGGCGUCCAACUACGUGAGUGACUGGUGGGAGGAGUACAUCUACCUCCGUGGCCGUGGACCCAUCAUGGUCAACAGCAACUACUAUGGCAUGGACUUCCUGUAUGUGACACCAACGAGCAUCCAGGCUGCACGUGCUGGAAAUGUGGUGCAUGGCAUUCUCAUGUACCGCAAAAAGCUGGAACUGGAGGAACUCCAACCGCUUACAUUGCCAAACAGUUGUAUCCCUCUGUGCUCGGCCCAGUGGGAAAGGAUGUUCAACACUACACGAAUCCCAGGCAUAGAGACGGACACGUUGCAGCACCUGAAUGACAGCAAGCACUUGGUGGUGUACCAUCGCGGGCGCUUCUUCCGCCUCUGGCUGUACCACGGCGAGCGCUUGCUGGGUCCCCGCGAGCUCCAGAAACAGAUUCAGCGCAUUCUGGACGACCCCUCCUCCCCACAGACCGGCGAGGAGAAGCUGGCGGCGCUCACGGCUGGGGAUCGGGUUCCCUGGGCGAAGGCUCGACAUGCCUUCUUCCGCAGCGGCGUGAACCGCGCAUCGCUGGAUGCGGUGGAGCAGGCUGCCUUCUUUCUGACGCUCUCUGACGAAGAGCAAGGCUACCGGCCCGACGACCCCGAGCGCUCGCUUAAUGACUACUCCAAGUCGCUGCUGCAUGGCAAGUGCUAUGACAGGUGGUUUGAUAAAUCUUUCACCCUGGUGAUUUUCAAAAAUGGCAAGAUGGGUAUUAACGCCGAACAUUCUUGGGCAGACGCCCCGAUUAUGGCACACAUGUUUGAGUACGUGAUGGUGACUGAUGCGCUCAUCAUGGGCUACACGGCGGAGGGGAACUGCCACGGAGAGACAGAGAUGGGCCUGCCGCCCCCACGCCGCCUCCAGUGGGACAUCCCAGAAGAGUGCCAGGAGGUGGUAGAGGACUCGAUGCGCGUGGCCCAGGCGCUUGCCGAUGACGUCGACUACUGCACCUUUGCAUUCACCGACUUUGGCAAGGGCUUCAUCAAGAAGUGCCGCACGAGCCCAGACGCCUUCGUGCAAGUCGUGUUGCAGCUGGCACACUUCAGGGACAUGGGAAAGUUCUGCCUGACGUACGAGGCGUCUAUGACGCGGCUGUUCAGGGAGGGCCGCACGGAGACCGUCAGAUCCUGCACGAGCGAGGCCUCCGCAUUUGUUCACUCCAUGCAGGACCCCAACAUCACUGCAGUGGAGCGGGUGGCCCUGUUCCGCACCGCCAUGGAUAAGCACCAGAGCAUGUACCUGCUGGCCAUGACAGGUUCAGGCAUCGACCGCCAUCUCUUCUGCCUCUACGUCGUGUCGCGCUACCUCGGCCUCGAGUCGCCCUUCCUCAAGGAGGUCCUGUCUGAGCCUUGGCGGCUGUCCACAAGCCAAACCCCACUGCAUCAAACCAAGUUGGUUGACCUCAGCCAGAAGCCGGAUUACGUCAGCUGCGGUGGAGGGUUUGGCCCUGUUGCUGAUGAUGGGUAUGGUGUCUCCUACAUCAUCAUUGGAGAAAACAUGAUCAACUUUCACAUCUCCAGCAAGAACUCCUGCCCGGACACUGAUUCAAGCCGGUUCGGACGGAACAUCCGGAAGGUGCUCCAGGAAUUGAAGGACAUGAUCGAAUCCGAGAUGAAGUCCAAGUAGUAGGGUGUGAGCAGCCUGUCUGCUGCAUACCCACAAUGCACCCCGUGUUUGCAUUCAGAUCCCCAGAGCUUGCAGUGAAGGGCCACUUUGUUGUUUUAUUUUAACUUAAAUAUAUCUCAAAUACAAAAUGAAUGUCAAAACUUUAGUGUAGCUGGGCAUGACUGGUUACUGGUGAGAUGAGGAGUGUUACAUUAAUUGGGCAUUAAUAUGGCAUUGAAGAAGAAUUGCCUGUACAGAAUAACGAUAUAUGUGUUUUCGGUGAAGCUCCAUCUAAGCAGGUGGACAUCUAAGCAGUGAUGACACAAAUGUACACGUACAUUUAUUUAUCCACAUCAGCAUAUAAUACAACACUCACUUUACUAACAGUGUAUAUAGUUUUUCUCUCUUGCCUCGGUUGGGGGAAGUGGGCAUUAUUCAUGUUAGAAUCUUUUAUCUUUUUUUAUAAAUUCACUGCUUGUUCAAUGCAUUGAUUAAAACGCAUUGUGCCAUAGGGUUUUGGUUAUACUGUAUCUUGAAAGCCAAGAAUGCAAAAUAAAAGUUUACAAAAUAGAUUUUUUUCAUAUGGAACCAAGUUAGUUUUUUUGUAAAAAAUUGAGCCAAAAUACACAACCAUGGCUACAGGGUGCGACGAUUGAGAUGGCGACAGGUUUGUGCUACAAAUACAAUGAUCCCCCGGAUAGACUGUUAACAAGCUGUUGGGGCAAGUGCUGUUAGCGCGCAACUAACAGCACUUGGUAAAUCCUUGCACAUCAUGAUUGCCUUCUAGCGUCCACGCAUCCCUCGUGAACAUAUUCAGCGAUACGGGCACUGGUUCUGGCCCGGUUGUGUUGGUCUGCGUGGUGGAAAUGCAAUGGCUCUCUAAAAAUUAAAUUUUCAUAUUGUAGUGAGGUUUCUCCAAAUAAACACUCAGGACUUUUUUUCAUAUCAUCAACACCAACGGCAUGCAGUCUGUAGCAUACACAUCCCGGGAUGCACCCAAUAGUCCUGUGAUUGUGUAGCUGCUCGAUAGUUGGUACUUUUGUGAAACUGGGUUUAUAAAUGUUGCAAGAGUGUUGUUACAGAGCACAACUUGUAAUGGUCGUUGUGGCACUUUAGUGCAAAACAAAAUUACACCACCACCUAAUUACUAUGCACUUGCCAUUUCUGUAGUAUAAUCCUACUUGCAUUCUUAUCCCAAAUGUUUCUGCUGUCAAUGCCUCAAUUUGAAAAUGUUUUUUGCCAGCACUGAUGGCUUUCAGUUUUUAUCGCAGUAUUGGCCCCUUUUGUAUUACAAUGCCAUCUGUCGGCAACUCCUAGCCUCUCCUUGUGGGCUCCUGGAGCUUGUGACUGAAUAUGGUUGAAUGCUGCCUUUCCAGGGUGGAUAGGCGAGGGUUGCAGUAAUUUCAGCAGACGCUUAUGCUCCACACAUUUGGCUAAGUAUGGUGCGAAUUAAGUUCUAUAUACAUACGAUAGGAACACAUUAAUAAUGACGUAGCAUCUUUUGUUUAGCACCAGUAGAAAUAGUCAUGCAAAAUCAUCCGUGUGCAAGUUUUGCUGAAACAUUCAUUGGAAGAAAAUCCAGUCGUAUGCAAUGGUAACUUGUUAUGUAAAUCCUAAUUUUUUUUAAAUGAAUGUUUAACAAAUUUAAUGUUGACGUUAAUGAUUGUAAGUAUUCCUGUUGCUUCAAUACUUUGUAUACAGGUAAUGUAAUAAUACCAGCAUCCUGUUGGUGAAUGCAACAUUAACAUUUUAGCAGGAAUUUUUUUACUUUUGUAAUACUUUCAUUUCAAGUGUAUAUAUACAUAUACACUGUAUGGGUGUCUAUAAAAAUGCGUUAAACAUCAAAAUAAUGUCACUCAACUUGGGGUUAUACCGUGAUUAUUAUAACGAACUCUUCCGGACUCUAAUAGAUUUAAUGUUUGUACAUUUAUCGUUUUGUACUUAUUAUAGUUCCCUUUUUAAACUUCGAUGAUUGCCCUGAAGAUUUACAUUUGGAGAAACACUCUUAUAUUUUAGACACGAUGCGAGUUUCUAACUAAUGUGAUCAGACUUCCAGGAACUCCCCAGUGGUCCUGUUUUAAAACAACAAACCUAAUUAAAAGGGAAUAUUUUCGAAGAAGUGUGGUGUUUGAAUUUUGUGGUCUUCCACUGUUACCAUAUUGUAACAUUUGGAUGAGAAGCUAAAGUAAAUCUAAGUACAAAAAACUUCCACGUUUUAAGAACUAAAUAUUUUACUCGAUCUAAACAAUGCUAACCCUAUAUGCAUUUUCCUCGCUAAAGAAUUGCAUUUUUAUGAAACACAUACUCGGCAUUAAAUCUUAAAUUGUAUUGCUAUGCUUUAACUGUCAUCGUUUGGCUGACUUGGCAAAACAGCUCUCCCAGAGUGCAAGCAGAGUUUCAAUGAAGAAAAUAUACACUUCGCCAAGAGCCACAUUGAGAUGUAGUCAUUCGAUUGCAUUUAGUUAGAAGCCAUAUAGGAGGGAGUACUGUCUGUCUUUACUACCUUUCAUGCUACUCUUAAAGCUAUUUGAAGUGACUGAAUGAUCGCACGGACUAAAUUAGCUACACCUGAAGUGGAAUGUUGGUAAGUUAUAAGACAAAACUUCACUAACACAUGCCUUGCUGAAGCUAUUCGCAUCGGCGACACAAAAGAAAAGCCGUUCAAUGCAAGCGACGAGUAGUGUCCAUUCCUAGAUGUUAUAUAAAUGUGUGUUAUUGUGAUGCAAGAACAAUGCAAAUAUUUGGAUUUCUGAUGGGUGAUUUGUCUUAGAACAAAGUCGUGCAGUGUGUGCAAAGUUGAGUUAUUCCCGUGGCUUGCAUGAUUCGAAGAUCCUGUAAUCUUGAACAAUGUUAGAUGUGCACAUCAGAAAACAAUGCAAGUGAAGAUACGGACUGAUUUGACCAUGGCUUGAUUUAUAUUUGCGCUUGUACAAUAGAUUUAUUUUAUUUGGGUUCCCAUGCUACAUUUACAUGGAAUUUUAUCACAAUUUCUAUGGUAUUUUUCAAAUGUUGUCUUGACAGCAAAAUACCAAGCUGCCACCUCAUUCCAAUCUUAAGGGUGUAAUAGAUGAUAAAAUUAACAGCAGUGUGUCUCCUUGAACAUGACUCGCAUAUUCACUGAGAUGGACAUGAACACGUUAAUAUACCGCGUAAAUGUAAAAUGUGUAAAUGGUUAAUUCCUGUAAUACUAUUUACUGUUGUGUUGACACCCAUAGUUAAAAUCCCAUUUCUAAGCAAAAUUACAUCAGAUUGAAUUGUGCUUGCUUAAGAAAAGGUUCAACAUCGGAAAUGUUAACGCAUCGACUGAAAGUAGUUUUCUAGUGUUUAACACAAUAUAGUUGUAAUAUUAAAGCAACAUUACUCUUUUUUUGCACACUUUCUGCGUUGCCCCGUUUUAAGUCCACUCAUGCUACUCAUGCUAUGUUUGUGAAUUUUAAGGUGGAGGAAUAGAAUGGUGUUUGGUGCUUUUGGUGUUUCCAUUCAAUGCUUUACCAUGCACUGUAACCUAGGGCCAGGACCACAACUACCUGUGCAGUGAUAAUUCAAAGUUGAUACCUCCUGCUGAAGCUUUGUGAUGCAGGUAAUAGAUCGUGCACUGCCCAUUUUAUCAGCAUCCCACUGCUACAUGAGCCACCCCUACAACUUUCUGGCUGUGAGGGAUGUUUGACCAUACCUGACGCUGUUGAUAAAAGAAACAUGAUAAUAGAACAUCAUAUUUGGCUUGUGUGCUUUCUUGCCCUCAAGUUAUAGGUUACUUCCUUGAAGCUACUGAGAUCAUCACAUGGGGUGUUUUGUGUUGUUUAACUGUCUGAUCCAUGCAAUUGUGAACUGUGGCAUUAUUUAGCAAUGUUGGGAAUAAACUUAUGGUGUUUGUGAUCACGAAA